UUUUUUUUUUUUUUUGUUUGAGGAAUUCCACAUAAUUAAUAAUACAUCUACUUUUCAAUUAUCUUGGGCUAAUAACAGGACUUCCUCAUCUAUUUAAGAGCUCAAUUAUAUUGUUACUAUUGUCCAUACUCAAUUACCUAAGUCACGUAUCUUAGUGAAAUUGUGAGAGUACAUAGUGUAAGAUUGAGUGAGAGGUCAUGAGUUUAAUUCCUACACUAACAUCCCUAGUUAAGGAUGGUAAAUUUCAAAAUGAUUUCAUCAUGGACGAAGAUGAACGUCCUAAGGUUGCAUAUAACCAAUUUAGCAACAUAAUCCCGGUGAUCUCUCUCGAUGGAAUUGAGGAUGACACACCGGGAGGACAAAGGGAGGUUAUACGCAACCAAAUUGCUAAAGCUUGUGAGGAAUGGGGGUUGUUUCAAGUGGUGAAUCACGGUGUUGAUCUUAAACUUGUGCAUGAUAUGGCUAGCUUGUCUAGGGCAUUCUUUGCUUUGCCUGAUGAAGAGAAACUUAGGUUUGAUAUGAGUGGAGGCAAAAAAGGUGGUUUUAUUGUAUCUAGUCAUAUACAGAAUGAAAUAGUAGCAAAUUGGCGGGAAAUGGUAGCUUUCGUUCCAUACCCAAUAAAAGAGAGGGACUACUCAAGGUGGCCCGAUAAGCCCAAAGAAUGGCGGGCCGUAACGGAACUCUAUACAGAGAAGAUGAUGGGCCUUGCAAUCCAACUUUUAGAGGUUUUGUCCGAGGCAAUGGGUCUUGAAAGGCAGGCCAUGACAAAGGCCUGUAAAGAGAUGGCCCAGAGGAUGGCAGUGAACUUCUACCCAAAAUGCCAUGAGCCCAGUCUUGCAAUUGGGCUUAAAAGACAUACUGAUCCAGGUACAAUUACUUUGUUGCUACAAGACCAUGUUGGUGGGCUUCAAGCUACUAAUGAUGGUGGUCAGAAUUGGAUCACAGUCCAGCCCAUUGAGGGUGCAUUUGUUGUCAACCUUGGUGACCAUGCACAUUAUCUUAGCAACGGAAGAUUCAAGAAGGCAGAUCAUCAAGCAGUUGUGAAUUAUGACCAUAAUCGAUUGUCGAUCGCGACAUUCAUCAAUCCAGAUCAAGAAGCAAUUGUGUAUCCUUUGAAGAUCGAGGAGGGAGAUAAGCCAAUUUUAGAAGAGGCCAUUACAUUUGCUGAGAUGUACAAGAGACAUUUUGUUAAACACCUCGAGCGAGGCAAGGCCAAGAAAUUAGCUAAGGAAAAAAUACUUCGGAAAGAGGAAUUAGAGAAGAUGCUUCAAAAUUCAGGGGAAAAUGUUAAAUCCAUGCAAGAGUUACUUGCAUAGUUUCUUUCAAGAGAAUUAAGUUACUUGCAAGAGUUACUUGCAUGUAUAGUUACGUAGUACAAAAUACAAAUUAAUAAAUUAAGUUUUGCUAAAUUAUAGUGAAUAUUUUCAUACAAUAAAGAUGAUGUUUUGUACUCCUACCUAUUUGUAACAUGAUUACAUGAUAUAGUAUGAAGUUAUUUAUAAAAUAAGUUUGAUUUCAAGUUUCAAA